UGACCUCAACAUGGCCGGUGCAGGAAUACGGUUCUGCUGGUUCUGCAGCUCGAGCAGCUGAUUUUUUAUUUUUUUUAUUUACACUAUACUAGUACAACGAUCGUAGUAAGAGAUUAAAGGUGCAUUCUGAUAGUCGGAGGAAGUACGCAAUCGCAGAGGAGCGAAGAACAUCUUCAACGUUUUCUCUGUUCCUCUUCGGUGUUAGACCAGUGAGAUUUAUAAAUAUAACCUGACCUUGCAUACUAAAUGUCGUAUUACGUCAGUGUUCCUAUAAUCAUAUGAAAUAUCGAGUUCAUCUAUGGAGGCGUCCACAUAAAGUGCGAAAAAUUACGAUAAAAUGAUACAAAAUUGUUAAAUGAAGCUUAUAAACAAAGAAUGGACGUCCCGGAUGACGCGGGCGUCGACGCCGAGGGGCCCUUGGAUCCCCGCAUCCAGAUAGAGCUGGAGAAUUUGAACAAUGCAACUGAUGAGAUAAAUAAAUUGGAAAUAGAGUUAGAUGAGGCACAUACAGCAUUUCGUCAGUUAUCAUCAGAAUCAACAAGACGACUAACAGAAAUUGCCAAUAAGAUUGGACGUAGCUGUAUAGAAAAAGCAAAAUGUUACUAUAAAGCAUUAGAAGUGGCUCGUCAGGCACAGGUACAAUGCCAACGUCAAACUCAGCUCUUUCAGAGGGCUAAUGAAAUUCAUGCCGCAGCUAAAGAAACAGUUGCCUUAGCUGAAACAAGAUUCAUAUCACAUCAACAUGAGGUGAAUUUUGAUCAGGCCUGGCAAGAUAUGCUCAAUCAUGCUACUAUCAAGGUAAUGGAUGCAGAGAAUCAAAAGGCUGAGUGUGGCAGAGAGCACCUCAAAUGUGCUACCCUAUUUCAUGAUGCAGAAAAAAAAGUACAGAACCUAGAAGAGAAACAUCGCAGAGCAAUAAUCAAAUCCAGGCCGUAUUUUGAAGUCAGAGCUCAAUGCGACGAGAUGCUCGCAACACAGAAGAGUAGGGUAGAAUAUUUGCAGAAACGAGUUAAAAAAGCUAAGGAUUCGUAUGCGACUAGUCUUCGAGUUCUCGAAAACAUCAGUAAUCAAAUUCAUCAACGAAGACGUGAAUAUGAUAUAAUGACCAAAGGGCCAAGAGAGCCGGGCGUGGGUGCGGAACUUCAAAGUCCGACAGAGAGUUUGAGUUAUGAAGCUGAAUUAGACAAGUUAUCCUUAUCCAGGAUAAACUCUAUAGCCAGCAGUGAGCCAGACUUGGAAGAACGGCAUCGAGAUUUUGAGGAUGUUGACGAAUUGAAAUACCGCAUGGAACAACUUAGUGCACGGUCCGUCGAUGGGAGUGAAUCUACUUCGAGCCAGUGGGAGUUGGAGUUACAAGCUAGUGUCGAAAGAUUGAAUACCUUGCCAAUAAGAAAGUUAAAUUCAAGUACUACAGAGGCAAUAAUUAACGAUUCACCAAGUCACGAGUGUAAUGAGAUCGGCAGUGUAAAGUCGGAGACCUGUGAGACGCAGCGCGAUGCUUCCGUUAGAGACUUCGGAGCCAUUGAGUGUAAAGUUAAACAAAAUGAUGAAAAUGAGUCUAAAAAAUUAAAUGAACCGUUAGUGAAUGUGAAAAAAAGACCUUUAUCUCGUACGGGUAUUACGUGGUAUUCGACAUCACCGAGUUCGUCAAAGUCAGGAAUAAUCCAUUCUGAGACUUUCUCUACUAGCGGUUUUUCAAAGUCGUUAGACAACAGCCUUGUCAAUAUCGGGAAUAUUAUAUUUCAAAAAGAAAGUGGCAGUGGACAAGAGGUGGAUAAUUGUCAAGCAUCAGGAUCCAGAUCAAUUGGAACGGGCAAUUUUGUUGAAGAUAUCGUAAUUGAUGUGAAAAAAAGUGACGAAAACUGGGAACAUAUGAACAAAGAUGGUGUUAAAAAAAAGAUUUCCGUUGACACGGUGAACUUGGAAAUAGCUGAAUUUGUCGGAACGACCAUAAAUAAUGAACAAUUCAGUAAAGGAGACGAGAUACGGAAUGAAAAUACCACACAUGACAAAAUGGAGCGGAAACAUAAUCAGAGAUUUAAGGGUUCGACUUCAAAUAUCGCAAAGCAUCGAAUGUUAGCAAAAUCAAGAAUGGCGAAAUCGUAUGAAAACAAUUUGGACAAAGAUUUUGUAAUGUGUCUUAAAGCGGAGAAACAAAGUUCACAAGCUUCUAGCGUAAAAGAAUUGCCCCUCUUAUCAAUUAUUCAUAGGUUUCCUGAGUCUCGGUUCUCUAAGGACAGGAGUUCCAGCAUGACUGACUUAGCGGAGAAAAAAGAUCCCAAGACUUAUACAAAUCGAUCAGAUUCCUGAGCCCAAUAGCCGAUAUUUGAGCUCAGAAACAUUUUUAUCAUUAGUUCACCUCGUACCCGACACCAUCGGAUUUACCUAAUCGGCAAUAAACACAAUGAACUAUCGGCCUAAAUGAUAUUACAUUGUAAUUCAGAAUACAUUUCGUGCCAAGGUUUGAAUUUUCUCUAAAUCACAAAUUACAGUUGUAAGUUUUAGUGGUGUUUCAUUUACUUGUUAAUUAAGAUAGGUUUUAACAGCGUUUUUAUGUAGAUGCGUAUUUAUGGUUACCUUCCUGCGGUUUGAUAUUUUUACUUGUAAUUUAUCCAUAUAUACAUACCGCGUGUCCCAGCGUUUACACCGCAGUAUGCCUGGUUGCCUGCCAUCGAGCGCCAGGUUCACGCUACAUCGGCAGGUCCAACUAAGAUCCGUCAAUGAACGUGGCGCUAUAGGUAAGACGGCACUUAAGAGCAGGCAACCAAACAUACUAACGUCUAAACGAUGGGACACACGGUAUAUUUUAACGUGAAAUGACAAUGUAUCAGUACAAUUUAAUUUUAUUGUGAAUGAUUUUAUAAAAUUGGUCUGUAAACUAUAAACUGAUGAUUCGUUUGUUAACUACCGUUGAAACAAUUCAAAUGUAAUACGUUUGUUCCACCCAAUUAUUAUCGGAAAUUCUAAUCAUCGAUGUAAAUAAAUAAACAUACAGAUAAUAAAUAUUCGAAAAUAUCGACAUUAAUCA